AUGAACGACGGCUCGGUGGUUCUCUCUUUACUCUCCCAAUUGGUAUAUUACCUCUCAUUGUUCCAUGCUUUGCCCUUGUUGCAAAAACUUUCGAUAAUUUUCAUCACUCCAUUCCUUUACUCAAUCACUUAUCAAGUCCUUUACUCGUUAAGAAAUGAUAGACCUCCUCUUGUGUUUUAUUGGAUCCCUUGGUUAGGUUCUGCUGUCCCCUACGGUACUAAACCAUACGAAUUUUUCCAAAAUUGUAGAGACAAAUAUGGUGAUAUUUUCACUUUUUAUAUGAUGGGUAGAAUGAUGACUGUUUAUUUGGGUCCCAAAGGUCAUGAAUUCGUAUUUAAUGCCAAAUUGGCAGACGUUUCUGCUGAAGACGCAUAUUCACACUUGACCACUCCAGUUUUUGGUAAAGGUGUCAUUUAUGACGUUCCAAACCAUCGUUUAAUGGAUCAAAAAAAAUUCGUUAAAGGUGCAUUGUCUGUUGAAUCUUUCAAAUCAUACGUUCCAUUGAUUCUUGAAGAAAUUUAUCAAUAUAUUAGUACUUCUACCAAUUUCAAAUUCUCUAAGAACUCUUCAAAUUCUACAGAAAUUGACGUCAUGGUUACUCAGCCAGAAAUGACCAUAUUUACCGCUUCACGUUCUCUAUUGGGGAAAGAUAUUAGAGAUAAAUUAAACACGGAUUUUGCUUACUUGUACAGUGACUUAGAUAAAGGUUUUACCCCAAUCAAUUUCGUCUUCCCUAAUUUACCCCUACCUCAUUACAAGAAGAGAGAUAGAGCUCAACAAAUUAUCUCUGACACUUAUAUGUCUUUGAUUCAAGAAAGAAGAGCAAAUAAUGAUAUCGUAGAAGGUAGAGAUUUGAUAGAUCAAUUGAUGUUACACUCCACUUAUAAAGAUGGUACAAAGAUGACUGACCGUGAAAUUUCAAACUUGCUAAUUGGUGUUCUUAUGGGGGGGCAACAUACCUCGGCGGCUACUUCGGCUUGGGCAUUAUUGCAUCUUGCUGAUCACCCAGAAGUGCAACAGGAAUUGUAUGAAGAACAAUUGAAGGUCCUAGGAGACAGAGAAUUGACUUAUGAUGAUUUGCAAAACAUGCCAUUAUUGAACCAAAUGCUUAAGGAAACUUUGAGAUUACAUCAUCCAUUACACUCUCUAUUUAGAAAAGUCACUAGAGAUAUGCAUGUUCCAAAUACUUCUUACACUGUUCCUAAAAACUACCAUGUCCUUGUUUCACCAGGUUACACUCACUUGCAAUCAAACUAUUUCCCAGAUCCACACGCUUUCAAAAUCCAUAGAUGGGAUAAUGAUUCUGCUUCAUCUUAUCAAACUGGUGACUCGAUAGAUUAUGGGUUUGGUGCCAUUUCCAAGGGUGUCUCCAGUCCUUACUUGCCAUUUGGUGGUGGUAGACAUAGAUGUAUUGGUGAAUCCUUUGCCUUUAUGCAAUUAGGAGUCUUGAUGUCUGUCUUUGUUAGAAAUUUCACAUGGUCUUUCCCCAAGGGAAUAAAUUCCGUACCAGACUCAGAUUUCCAAAGUAUGGUCACUUUACCAAUAGGUCCUGCAAAGAUUGUUUUGCAAAAGAGACAAGAAUAG